GGCAAUUUCCACUCUUCGUCACAACAGCCAUCUGAGUUUCACUCAAAGAAUUAGGACCACUAGACAACACACAUACAUACACAAACAUGUAAGCACACACACACACACACACACACACACACACACACACACUGCAUGCAGAGAGAUACAUGAGCACAGAGACAGAGAGACAGAGACAGAGAGAUAUAGUGGCGUCAAAGUGAACUGUUUCAUUAAAGCAUUCUACAGUCAAGAUGUCCUGCUGUCAUACAUCUGUUGAUUUCAGAGGACACAGUUGACAGAGGACGAUUUGGUCCAGAAUGAAGAUACUCCAGGUUGUCUCCUUCUGCCUAAUCUUAGCUCUGUGGAUUGAAAAGGAAGCAUUUGGGAAAAUGACGGGAAUUGUUGGAGGAAAAGUUCACAUCAAAUGUUCUCACACAUUGGGUUGGACCAACAAAAAGUACUUCUGCAAGGACACCUGUACAGGCCAAAAUAUCCUUGUUCAGACUUUGAGGAGUAAGAACUACAUUGAGAGAGGAAGGUACGGUUUACAUGAUUUUAGAAAUGGAGUCUUCACUGUGACCAUCAAGGACCUGAAGAAGUCAGACUCUGGGACAUACUGGUGUGGAGUGGAGAGAGUUGGUUUUGAUGCAUAUCAAGAGGUGCAUCUGACAAUUACAGAUGCUCCUUCCACAACACUGUCACCUGUCACAUCAAGACCCCAUGUCUCCUCAACUCCCCCACACAUCUCUGGAACAUUUCCAAAGCUCUUCACAACGUUUCCAACAUUUGAAAUCAUCCCUGAACUCACCACUUCAUUAAUAACAGGUCUGAUGCUGUGUACCAGUGUUGUUCUGGUAGUCAUGGUGACAGUAAUAGGAGUGGUUCUUCUCCGGUUCUAUCGACAGAGAAGAAGAAUCAAGAGACCAACACCUCCACAACCAGUCUACAAUAACACCAACACUGCCUCUAGUGGAAAGGAGAGAGGAAGUAGGAGACCAACACCUCCACAACCAGUCUACAGUAACACCAACACUGCCUCUAGUUGAAAGGAGAGAGGAAGUAGGAGACCAACACCUCCACAACCAGUCUACAGUAACAUCUACACUGCCCCUAGUGGAAAGGGGAAUCAGACGACCAACACCUUCACAACAAGUCUACUUCAACACUGCCCCUAGUGGAGAAGAGAGAGGAAGCAGGAGACCAACACCUCCACAACCAGUCU